AUGACCGAUCCUGGAAAUGCAAACACUCUCAAAAGGGGUGAACUGUAUGGUUUCCAGCUUCCGACUCCUAAUAUAAAUGCUUUUGAGGAAAGUUCUGAGCCAGCAUCUUUUGCAGGAGGCCCGAUUAGGCAUCGCAAAAAGCGUAAUCAUACAAAUACACCGUAUACGCGAAUUGCUAGUUCAUCUAAUCCAAACCCUCAAGAGACUCACUGGCUGUUGAACAUUGUUAAAAAAUAUAUCCCACAGUGGCUGAGAUCGUUUAUAUGGCCCGCAACAAUGCCCAUCACUGAGGAUACACCUAUGGAAAUAACUUCAACUGAAAUUGAAACGAUCACGGGGAACAUUGUGCAAAGUUCUAUAGAGGAACUAAACAACGCAAUAGUGAAGCGCGAAGAACAACCCCAACCAUCACAAUUGGAUACAAUAACAAAAAUGAAUUUAAAGAGCAAAUUUAACAGAUCAAGUUCAAAAAUUGCUGCAAGAUUUGGCCGUAGGAUGUAUUCAAACCCUCUACACAGACGAGGGACUAUUCCUAGAAAAAGGGUUAAUCAUGUUUCAGCACGAGAAGAGGACCUCCUUUAUCCAGAUGAGAUAAAUGAAUCAUUAUCAGAUAAAGAACAACUUCCUGAAAUACCAGCGGAUUGGUAUAAACCUUUCAAAAAUUUAGCGGUGAACGAUUCAUUUUCAACUUCUUCAUCGGGAACGUCAACACCCUCACAAGAACCGGAAGCAAGUAAAAAGUCUUUAUCCCAAGGACCUCCUCUUAAGAAGUUUAAAUCGGAUCUUGUUCCAGACAUAAAUUGGUUCAACUAUCACCCUUCAGAGAAAAGGGUGUCCAUUCCUUCAAGUUCAACUUCAAAAAACCAAAAUAUCUCUACUGAUGACAAUCUACCGAAGGUUCCUUUCAGUAAUUCUUUGAGCACUUUUUCCAAACCAGAUGAUUCUGAAUUGUACUUAAAAAAUGAUGAAGAAAUUAGUACUACCCCUUUAAUACCACCAAAAUUCACUCAAAUUGUAAAAAAUGAACAAUAUUAUAAUGAAACAAAGAAAAAAAUUGAUUUUACUGCAAAUGGAUCAGUUAGCAAUAUUUCUGUUUCCACACCUCCUAUUUCAAAAGGUAUUUUAUCGGUCAGUACUCCUGUUAAUAAAUCAAAAAGAUCAUAUGAUACAGUUUUUACUACUACACCGACGAUUAAACCUUCUUUUGGACCUGAAAGCAGAGUCGUAGCAAUCAACGAGAUACAGGAAUCUUCGGAUUUAUUUUCUAAUACAACGACGCCCAAAUCUAUUUUUGAAUUUGAAAAUAGGACUCAAAGCACAAACUUAGCUAUUAAUACACCGUUUAAAUCUGUUACCGGAUUUAAUGGUGAAACUCUUAACUUUAGUCUACCUCAAAAACCUUUGAUCGAUGCUUUCUCUGUUCCCCCUAUUAAUAAGAAUCAAGAAGAACAACCACCAACAGAACUUAUUGUUGAUUCUACUGAGGUGGAGGAUCAAGGAUCCGUUAAUCAGAAUAUUGUCAAACCUCAGGAUAAGCCGGAGGAAACCCCAGAUGUUACUGAAUUAACUGUAGUUAAUAUUGAACCCGAAAAGAGAGAUAACAAAGAGGAAGAGAAAAGUAAAGAUGAUAAAGAAAAUAAAGAUAAGAAAGAUAAUGAGAGAGCAGAAAGUCAAGGGGGUAAUGAAUAUAAAGGGGAAGAAAAUAAGGAAGUCCAAGAAAUCGAAGAAAACAAAGAAAGCGAAGGAACUAAAGAUGAGCAAGAGAACAAAGAGAAGGAAGUCAAGGAAGACAAAAAUAAAGUUUUCGAGUUUUAUUCACCCGUUUCUCGAAUGCCAACUUUAGCUUCAAGUCCACCAUCUGGUUCACCAAUGGACAUUGAUAUGGGUAAUAGUAACUUAAACCAUCAAUCCAAUGGGGUGUCUAAUCCAACUUUCCCCACAGCGCAGUUUAACUUUGGGCUAGGAAAUGUUUUCUUUAAUGAUAAUAGUUCGACGGAAGUGUCAUCGAGCAAUAAGCCUAACUACUCUAGGUCAUCAAGUUUUCGAGGAAAAAAUCGAAGACAUGGUAGUCACUUGGUAGUUGGUAAUGAAGGUCGUAAUAUGUCAAUUCCAAAAACGGGGUCUUUUGAAGGGUCAGACUUCAGCAGGAUGAUGUUACCAGAGGGAAGCUCAUUUAGUUUUGAAUUACAAAAAGAAACAACAACAAUUCCAUCCAUUCAGCCUGUAUCAACAUCAACAACAUUUAAAUUUAACCAAGAGACCCCUAAUGCAUCUACUGAACCUUUGUUUCAAACUAAUGGGGCGACUUUCAAUUUUCAAUCAAGCUUUCCAUCACAACCUUUCUCUGCACCAGUGACCUUUAACUUUGGUGGUGGAUUAAAUCCCCACCUCCCAGCAACGCAACCAGUUUUUAAUAUGAACGGUGAUAGCCAAGUUUUCCAGAACGGAACGAACACUAAUGUACAAAAAAAUAUACAGUCAAAUAACGCUGAUAGGCCAAUAGCCAAACUGCGUAGACGUCGAAUUAAAUAA